AUGAAGUUUGCACUCUAUACGACUUUGGGCUUGGUUGCUGCAGCUGUGACACAAGCAGCAAAUAACUUUUAUGGCUUGAAUUAUGGUGUAAACGAAGGUAGCUGUCCCAAUGUGGAUAAGCUCAAGCAAGACUUUGGUGCCAUUCAAAAAUACACCAACCGUGUGAGAACAUUUGCAUUGCAUGUCUGCAACCAAGCCGAUAUGGCUGUCGAAGCGACCCAAGCCCUUGGAAUGAACCUUUAUUUGGGCAUGUGGAUUGAUCGACAGGACACGUUUGAUCUUGAAAUCCAGGCAUUAAAACAGCUUGUAAACAACAGAGAUCUUAGCAAUGUGGAUGCGGUCAUUGUGGGAUCAGAAGUACUCUACCGUGGUGAUGCAGAUAUCGACACGUAUGCCAAUUGGAUCAAACAAGUCAAGGAUGUCGUGGGUCCCAAGGGUAUCAAGGUGACUUUUGCCGAUGUAUACUACAAGAUCUUCCCCCAAAUUUUCAACGAGGUCGACUUUGUCAUGAUGAAUGCAUUCCCCUACUGGGAGGGCGUUGAUAUCAAUAAUGCAGCCGACACCUUGAUGGAUCAUUAUCACCAAGUGAAGCAAACCGUUGGCAACAAGGAUGUCAAAAUUUCCGAGACCGGAUGGCCCUCCGGUGGUGAUAACUUUGGAGCAUCGGUCCCAUCGAUCGAAAACGAAAACAAGUAUAUGCAAGAUGUUCUCUGCAAGGCCAAGCAAAAUAGUAUUGAUGUUCUCUACUUUUCUGCAAAGGAUGAGCCUUAUCGCAGUGGUGUGGAGGGAACAUUUGGAGUCCUCGACAGCAAUAAUCAACUAAAGAAAGGGCUUACUCCUCAACCCAACUGCUAG